UCCUCCGUAAUUCUACCCAUUUUGCCAUCUCCGCUACACUCUGUUCUUGCUUUUCAUAUUCAUUCCAUCUUUGCUGAUCUGCACACGACCCAGACUCCAGAAGCUUAAAAGAUAGAAUGACUCACGACUGGAGGGCUGAUGAAGAAAUUAAUUAUGCAGGUGUGAAACUCACGUUCUAUACCUUGUUCCACUUUGCCUACAUGAUGUGAAUUUAUGAAACCCAGGUUUGAAAUCAAAGUCCUACUUAUUUAGAAGCAGGAAAUUGAUCGAUGUUUUCCUUGCUGAAUUUGGUUUCCAACUUUAUUCCGUGUACAUCAAUAAACCAAGGAGAGCUACUCCUUUUAUUUCCUUGUUUCUCCCUGUAAUUUACUUUCACUGCAGUUUCUAGUUGUUUCUUGGUUUUCGCUUUGUCCCUACUUGCACAACAAUCAAAAAGAAAAGUAAAAAGACAGGAGAAGAGAUUGAAAACAAGAAUGGAGAAGAUUGGUAUUGCGGUUGCUACAAAAAUCGUUGACUACACGGCUGCACCAGUUGGAGAAUGGCUAUGUUACUCAUUUCGGUACAGCAGCAACAUUGAGAGUGUGAAGAAUCAGGUAGAGGAGUUGGGGCGUAAAAGAGAUAGUGUGCAACAUUCUAUCGAUGCUGCGAGAAGAAACGGCGAAGAAAUUGAAGGUGAUGUUGUCAAGUGGUUGAAAGAGGUGGUUGAGAUUGAGAAAUUGGCCGAGAAAGUUCUUGGUUGUGAAGAAGAAGCAAAGAAGAAGUGUUGUUAUGGGGCAUGCUUGAACUUGAAGCUUCGGCAUCAGGUAAGCAAGAAAGCGAAGAAGAUAGUGCAAGAUAUUGGUGAAGUCCUGGAAAAUGGCCGAUUUGACAAAGUAGUUAUAUGAAUUACAUGGACUUUGAGUCAAGAAUGUCAACUGUGAAGGGACUUAUGGAGGCACUGGGAGAUGCUAACAUGAACGUGAUUGGCAUGUGGGGGAUGGCCGGUGUGGGAAAGACUACAUUGGCAAGAGUAGUUGCCAGGCAAGCCAAGGAAGAAAAGUUAUUCGAAGAGGUGGCCAUGGCAGAUGUGACACAGAGUCCAGACCCUAGACGAAUCCAAGGAGAAAUUGCAGACAUGCUCGAUCUAAAGUUUGACAAGGAGACUGAAUCCGGAAGAGCAAGUCGUCUACAUGAGAGAUUAUCACAAGACAGGAAGAUACUUGUAAUCUUAGAUGAUAUAUGGGAGAAACUUGAGUUGGAGAAGAUAGGAAUUCCUUCUAAGGGAUGCAAACUAGUACUGAUAUCCAGAAAUCGAGAUGUAUUAUUUUGUGAAAUGGGCACCCAAAAGGAUUUUGGACUUGAAGUUUUACCCAAAGAAGAAGCAUGGAAUUUAUUUGAGAACAUGGCCGGUGAUUGUGUUAAAGACCCUAAUUUGCGAUGUGUAGCAACUGAGGUAGCUAAAGAGUGUGCAGGUCUACCUAUUGCAAUUGUAACAGUUUCUAAGGCAUUAAAAAAUAAGAAUUUACAAGAGUGGAAGGAUGCCUUGCAACUGCUUAGAAGACCUGCUCCUGAAGACCUCACAAGAAUGCAGUCAACUAUAUACUCUUCUAUAGAGUUGAGUUAUAGUCAUCUUGAAAGCGAUGAGAUUAAAUAUUUGUUUUCGCGUUGUGCUGAAAUGCCUUUCCGCAUUAACUAUCUAGACUUACUGAAAUAUUUUUAUGGUUUGGGUACAUUUCAUGGCAUUAAUACAUUGGAAGAAACAAGAAAUAGAUUAUAUAGACUAGUUCGUAAUCUGAAAGACUCUUGCCUGUUGCUAGAUUGUCCUCAUAGUUCUGAGGAUUAUCAUAUGCAUGACGUUGUUCAUGAUGUUGCUACAUUAAUUGCGUCAAAGUUUCACAAUAUGAUUAUUGUGAGAGAUGAUGAUGGGCUAAAAGAAAGGCUAGAUGGGGAUGUACUCAAAAGAUGCAAGGAGUUCUCUAUUCGUGGUGGAGAUUUCCAUGAACUUCCUAAUGAAAUGGAAUGUCCAGAAUUAAGAUUCCUUUAUGUAAAUGGUGGAGAUCGUUCUUUGCAUAUCCCAGAGAAUUUCUUUCAGGGGAAGGAAAGGCUCAAAGUUUUGGAUUUCACACAAAUGCAACUUUCAUCACUUCCUUCAUCACUUCCUCUUGUUAAAAACCUGCGAACUUUGUGUUUGGAUGGUUGUGUGUUGGACGACAUAGCUGUAAUUGGAGAGCUCAAGAAUUUAGUAAUUCUUAGCCUUCUUGGAUCCCACAUUUCGAAAUUGCCAAGAGAAUUAGGGUUGUUGACUCAUUUGAGGUUGUUGGAUUUGAGCGAUUGUUCCAAACUUAAAGUGAUUCCCCCAAAUGUCCUAUCAAGCUUGGUGGAAUUAGAAGAGUUGUAUAUGGGAAAUUCUUUUGUUCAAUGGGAGGCUGAAGGACUCAAUAAUGAAAGAAAUAAUGCUAACCUUGCUGAGCUAAAGCAUUUGUGCCAUUUGACCACUUUAGAGAUAUAUAUUCGAGAUGCUAGCAGUCUACCUAAAGAUCUAUUGUUCGAAAAGUUAGAAAGAUACGCAAUAUUUGUAGGAGAUGUUUGGGAUUGGUCUGAUAAGCGUAGAACCUCAAGAACAUUAAAACUUAAGAUGAAUACAAGCUUUCACUCAAGGAUUGUGAUUAAAAUGUUGUUGAAAGGAACAGAAAAUCUUUAUUUAGAUGAGUUAAAUGGUGUUAGUAGUGUUCUUCACGAAUUAGAUAGGGAAGGCUUUCAACAAUUGAAGCAUCUCCAAAUCCAAAAUAAUCCUGAUAUUAAUUAUAUUAUUAACUCAAGGAUGUGGGUUAUUGCUUUUCCUGCCUUAGAGACUUUUCUUCUCAAAAAUAUGUCGGGCAUGGAAGAAAUAUGUCAUGGUCAACUUCCCUUGAGAUCCUUUUGUAACUUGAGAGUUGUAAAAAUGGAACAUUGUGAUAAAUUAAAAUUUGUCUUCUCAUCAUCAAUAGCUCGGGGCCUUUCACAACUUGAAGAAUUGGAGAUAAGAGAUUGCAGCAGCAUGGGUGCAAUAGUUGUUAAAGAACCAGAAAUAGAAGAUGCAGAUCUGAUCUUGUUCCCAAAACUGCGUUGCUUGGUACUACGGCAUCUUCCAAACCUCAAAAGGUUCUUAAGCACACAAAAUUCAUUCAUAACCGAUGCUGGAGAAAUCAUUCCUGAGGGAAAGCUUGAUUUAUUUCCAAUUCUUCACGAGCAGGUUGUGUUCCCCAACUUGGAAAGGUUGGAACUGUCCUUAAUAGACUUGGAAGACAUACAACGGAACCAACAUCGGGCAACAAGGUCCUCUUGCAGAUUAGAGAAUAUGCAAUCAACAUCAAGGUUUCAAAAUUUGUCACACUUGGAGGUUCAAGGCUCUGGUAAUAUAAAAUAUCUACUGUCAUUCUCUAUAGCAAGUUUUAUGGUGCAACUCAAACACCUUCACAUAUUGGAAUGUAAGGUUAUGGAAGAGAUACUAGUUACAGAAGAAUUAGGAGUAGUAGAAGAAACGAUUCCUAAGGUGUUGUUCCCUAGACUAGAAUGCCUAUUCUUAAAAGAUCUUAUAGUGCUCAAAAGAUUCUGCAUAGGAAGUAAUAUCGAAUUUCCAUCCCUGAAGAAACUGUCGAUAGAAAGUUGCCCCAAAUUGAAGACAUUCAUAGCCAAACAUAUUAGUUCAGGCAUGACUGUUGGGAAAGAACUCAAGGAAAUGAAUGCAGAUGAGAGUUCUCAUACUACUGUGCAACCUCUCUUCAAUGAAGAGUCCCAUCUUUGGAAGAAGUAAUUGUGAGACAAUGCCAAGAGAUGAAGAUUUUCUCUCAUGGAGAUUUGAGGACACCAAAGCUACAAAGAGUAAAAGCAACAAAGGAAGAUGAAUGGCAUUGGAAGGAUGACCUUAAUUCCACCAUACAUUGGCUUUGGGAGGCCAAGCUGUGAUAUCAGCAUGCUCUAUAUGGUUGUUUAGAGAAAAGGAAUUCUGAAGAAGAGGAAGAUCGUCCAUAUUCAAUGUGCAACAGCUGAAAUGUUGCUUUUCGAAGUCAGUUAGUCGUCAGAGGGCUGUCCAUUUCCAUGGUUAUUGAAAUAAAUAGGGAACGUUUGUGGUUGCUUGUUCUACUAUUGCUUUUUAAUUAUUUGCUUGUCUUGCUAUGUUUAUAAAGAAAUUUUUUUGUUUUGUUUUGUUUGUUUUUUUCAAAAAAGAGUACAAUAUGUAUUUGUUUGAUGCACUUCUCCCUGAGAUAUUGUACAUCAUACAUGAAUGUGUACUAGAAUUUCUGCA